CAAGUCUGUUGUCGUCAACCUCUCUAUCAGCAAUCUCAUCGUUUCCCGCCGUACUAGAUAAAGCUCUUACUUCAGCCUGUUAUUAAAGAGAUCAAACACGAUGGCUUCGAGCGAUAGACCAGACAAGAACGCAUCUGGUCGCUACGACAAUGUUGACUUCCGCAAAGCAGCCGGCUAUGAGCAUCCCCCCAUCAAGUGCGCCUAUAACCGUCGUGAUGUUCUCCUCUUUGCCAAUGCCAUCGGCUGUCAAAAGGAAGAGCUACAUUUCCUCUACGAACUGCAACCAAACUUUGCCGCGUUCCCCACGUUUCCAAUCAACCUCGCCUUUAAGCAGACGGACCAGGACGUCUUUGACUUUAUUGCCCGCACCGUGACCGGCCACGUCCCGGGUUGUCCGCCAUUUGACGCCCAACGCUCCGUCGACGGGGAGCGAGGUAUCGAGAUACUUAGACCAAUCCCCGUGUCUUCGGAUGGACUUGAUCUGGAGAUUCUAAGCAAAGUCAUAGGAGUUUAUGACAAAGGCGGCGCAAUGAUUCUUGAAGCAGAACAGCUGCUAGUCGACAAGAAGACCAACACAGCUUACACCAAAAUGACAUCCACCGCAUUCGGCAUAGGACAAGGCGGCUACAGCGGCCCCCGGGGCCCAACAAAGCCGGUCAUUAAGGCACCGGACCGCGCCCCGGAUGCCGUGCACACCAUCAAGACCACCCCGGAGGCAGCUCUCCUAUACCGCCUCUGCGGCGACUACAAUCCCCUCCACGCGGAUGAGGCGUUUGGGCAACGCGCCGGGUUCAAGGGGUCUAUCCUCCAAGGCUUAGGCACCUGGAACAUGGCCGCACAUGGCCUGCUACAGAAGUUGGGCGGCAGCGACCCGAGUCGUUUUAGAGCUUACGGGGCUAGGUUCAAGAGCGUCGUUUAUCCCGGAGAUACCCUGGAGACGCGCAUGUGGGUUGUCAAAAGCCUAGGUGGAGUGGACGAUGUUGUCUUUGAGACGAUUGUCAAGGACGAUGGCCGUGUUGCUCUAUCCAAUGGCUAUGCCAAGAUUUCGCAAGCGAAACCAAAGAUGUGAUCUUUAUGCCGUGGACGCGGAAGCUUUCCAGGGAUACAGCCGGCGGCAUUCAGAGGGGAUUUCUGUUUUUGAGGAAGAGUUUGCGCCGUGUAUCAUAUUCAUCCAAACUUGGACUCAGUCGCGAAUAUAGGUCCAUCUGUGCUACUGUAAUACCGACUAUCUUAUUACCUUUCGAGUCAGAAGAAGCAGAAAGAGUUGUUCUUCUUGAGUCGGCGGAGUUUGGAGUGAAGGAAACGAUGACACUGGCCAACAGGUCGAGUGAGGCUUGCCCGUGCGGAUGCGGACUGGUCGUAAUUAAGAAGCAUCCCGUUGGCGUGCCAGGCAAUGCCAGCUAG